CGCCCUCGUGAAUGUCCUCUUCAUGCCCUCCCACUCUUCCGUCAUCGAAAUCCGCACCACCAGCAGCUCCAGCGGUGGCGGUACAGAUUCAGUGUAUCCGGACGGGGGAAGGCAGCUGUACCGAAACCUGGCACUGGCGGCAGGUGUGAGGCACUAUCUGGCGGAAUGCCCAGAAGAGCCAGUGGUGGAGGCAGCAGAUGCAGGGGCAGAGAGCGGUGGAGACCGGUGGGGAGAGGUUGGGAGCGGUGGAGGUGGAGGUGGCGAUGGUGAUGCCAGUGCUGGUGCUGGUGGUGCUUUGGGGGUUGCUUUUUGGGAGGAUACGGAGGAGGAGGAUGGGGAUAGAGGUGGUGGGUCGUCAGUGUAUUUGCCUCGAGGGUCCCUGGCUUGCGGUGUUGAGCGGUUGAGAACGGUCCUGGAAAGUGUUCUCCACGAUGGGUUUGCUUCGGAGAGUUUUGAUCCGAACCUACUUGACGGGUCCGGGGAGGGGUUCCGGACGAAGAUCCCAGGCAGCAAGGUCAGCCAGGCAGAUUUGAAAGAAAAGUUUCUGAAAUGGCAGGAGUGUGUGGCGGCGGAGGGCAGCUGGAAAUUCGACCCGAGGCCGAGGCGAUUACCCUGGGAAUUCAAGGGUUACUCGAAUUACUGCGACAAAAGACACAUGGCUGCAUCCCCUACUGCAGUCGUAGUCUCCAAAGCAGAUCAAAUCGCAGAUUCCAUUAUGAAGCUUCCUCCGGAAGAGAGGAAGGUGCGGCAGGAGGAGUGGGAUGUGAGGCCCCAGCUGAAAUACGUGUGGGACACGGAGGGUAAGUGUGGGGCCUGGGAGCCUUUUGAUGGCAGAGUGGUGUGUGAUUGGGUGAGAGGGAGGAGGUGGAAUGGAACGGGGAUGCCGUUGACUGAAGAGGAGGAGGAGGAGAGGGAAGAGGCGGCGUUCAAAGGGGAGGCUGUGAGGGAGAAGGGCGACGGGAGCGGCGCGCUUAUACUCCUUUUAGGUGACUCGUUACAGGAGCAGUUUGUGCGCGUGCUGGUGAACAACAUGCUGACGCACGUAAAAAAACCGGCCACGUGGGCGGUAGAGGAAACCAUUCCCAAGGAAUGCAGCGAGCUGAUCGAACCGGACCAUGCAAGGCACUCCUUCUGCCGCGACUACAAGCUGCACAGCAACGUGUGCGCCAAUGUCACCAUCAGAUUCAUUCGCCACGACUACCUCCAGCUCUCCAACUCGCAGGUCAAAUUUGACCGCGUCCCCUUUGCCCGCCUCUCUUUACUCGCCGGCGCCCGCGUGGUGGUACUCAAUCGCGGCGCGCACUACCGUCCGGACCGGCAUUUCAUCUCAGCCGUCCGUUCGACGGUGAGAUUUCUCCGGAAUAAGCUCCCCGACGCGCUCUUGAUCUACCGAACCACCGUGCAAGGCCAUGCCAACUGCUCGGAACACGACAAGCCGCUGCUCGUGCCGGGUCCCACCGACAACCUGCCGUUCUUCUGGGGGAGGUUUCACGAGCAGAAUGAGCUGGCGCGGGCGGCAGUGGAGGAGGUGGGCGGCGUGUACUUGGAUGUAGCGGCCAUGACGGUGCUUCGGCCGGACUCGCACCAGGGGUUCAUUCCAGAGUUGAAUCAUGAGGACUGCUUGCACUACUGCAUUCCCGGGCCACAGGACGUGUGGGCUCAGAUGCUACAGAACGUGCUGCUGCAGUUGCUGCCAGAACCAGCGCCUGCUGCUGCUGCUGCUGCUGCUGCUGCUGCUGCUGCUGCUGCGUAG